UUGAACAGUUCCAUCCCAGCUCUGUCAAUAACGGUCGGUCCCUUGGAAGUUGGAACGUCACUCCGCAACUCUGGGGUGCCACUGCCAGGGUUGGGUGAGCUUUUGAUGGAUAACACAUUGUUCAGGUAAACCAAUAAGGGUGACCAGCUGUCCGGAAGUUUCAGUGCGCCACAGGACAGUUGAACACGUACCGUCAACUCGACACGGGCGCCCCGCUUUACGCCUCUCCGCAGAACGUACGUACGGUACGACGAGAAGUUGUCUAGUACUGGUAGAUAAAAAUGGAUUCUAUGGAUGCUGAGGAGCCCUUUAGCGGGAACGUCACCAACACGACGGCCAGUCCGCCGGGGCCGCCGCCGAAGAACCCGGCACUGGUGACCGCCUUCAACGUCGUGAACACCGGCAUCCUCGUCUUCAUCAUGUUGGCCAUGGGCUGUACACUGGAGCUGAAGACUCUCAUCAGGCUGGUUAGGAACCCCAGACAGAUCGAUCCGCGGUUUUUCAUCGGCGUUGUGAUCGGGUUCCUGUCGCAGUUCCUGGCCAUGCCGCUGUGCGGGUUUGCCGUUGCGCAUAUCAUGCAGUACUCCCCGAUGGUGGCAGUCGGCGCUCUUGUCUGCACCUGUUGCCCUGGAGGGACGGUGUCCAACCUCUUCACCUACUGGAAUAAGGGUGACGUGCCGCUCAGCGUCACGAUGACGUCCUGCUCCACAGUGCUAGCUAUGGGGAUGAUGCCGCUGAACCUGUGGAUCUACUCCCGCAGCUGGACGGACCAGGCCGCCGUCAUCCCGUACACCCGGAUCGUCAGCGCCCUGGCCUCCAUCCUCGGGCCUGCCCUGGUUGGCAUGCUGCUUAAACUCUGGUCCGAUCGAAUCGCCAAAUUCGUCAUCAAGCUGGGGAGCGUUCUGGGUCUGUCUGGGAUCGUGGCCAGCAUCAUUCUGAGCACGUUCAUCAACCCUGACAUGUUCACCCGGCCUUGGCAGCUCUGGCUGGGGGCGGCCAUCCUGCCGUACGUAGGCUUCAGUAUCGGGUUCUGUUUGGCGUCCAUCCCGCUCUUCAAGAUGACGCAGGCCCGCCGCCGGACCGUGGCGUUUGAGACCGGACUGCAGAACGUCUCCAUCGCCUACGCCAUCAUCCAGCUCACCUUCACCGCACCGGGAGGAUCAGCGUUCAUGGGAGACCUCCUCAUCUUCUCCAUCCUGUACGGCCCCUUCAUGAUGAUAGACGGACUGCUCAUCACCGCCAUCUACCGGCUAUGGGUGGUCCUGCAGAACAAGAGGAACGUCCAGGGAGAAGAGCCCAAGGACGAAACUGCAGAACUGUAGAAGUUUCUUGGACAUGUAUUUUAUCCUUUCUACUCAAUACAAGUUUAACGUUAGCAUUUACCUUUUUUAUAAUCAUAAUUUGCACGUUUGCAAGUUGCAACACUAGUAACAAAGUUUAUAAUAGCAGUAGACAUAUGUAUAUUCUCUAAUCCUGACACAGGAUCGUGUAUACCA